AUGUCCUCAACAUUCACAAACCCCCUCAUCUGGGAAGACCUCCCAGACCCCGAACUCCUCCGCGUCGGGUCAACCUACUACAUGAGCGCCUCCUCCUUCCACUUCUCCCCCGGCGCGCCCAUCCUCCAAUCCCCCAACCUAAUCGACUGGACCUACAUCGGCCACUCCGUGCCCACCCUCCCACCACCCGACCGCUUCACACUCGAUCCCAGACGCCCAACGGCAUACGGGAAGGGCGUCUGGGCGUCGACGAUGAAGUACCGGGCCAGUAACGGCUUGUUCUACUUUUACAGUGCGAUUCAGGGGACGGAUAACACGUAUGUUUGGACGGCGCGGAAUCCCGCGGGUGUUUGGAGCGAGCGGGGGGCAAUCGAGAGGUUCUAUUAUGAUCUUGGUCUGUUGGUUGAUGAUGAUGACACGAUAUAUAUUGCGCAUGGGACCAAGACGAUUCAGGUUGCGAGGUUGGAUGACGAGGGGGUGACUGAGGUUGAGAGUCGGAUCGUCCACGAAUCCGGCGACUACCUCGAAGGCGCCCGGAUGUACAAGAUCAACGGCUCAUAUUACAUAUGGCUCACGAAAGACUGGAAUACGCAGACCGUGCUCAAGUCCACGAGCGGACCAUUCGGUCCGUAUGAGGUGCGCGACGUCAUCAAGGGGAUGCGCUCUCCCCUCGCGGGCUCCGGGUCGCCGCAUCAGGGUGCUCUUGUGGACACUCCGGAUGGACAGUGGUAUUACGUUGCGUUCAUUGAUGCUUUCCCCGCUGGGAGAGUGCCUGUAAUGGCACCGGUCGUGUUUGACGAUGAGGGGUGGCCCACUGUUGUGGCAGAGUACACGGACGAGAAGGGGCAGUGGCUUCUGGAGUAUCCGCGUGGGGCACUGGGUGAUGGUGGUGAGCGGCCCAAGACGCACCAAAGGAUCCGAAGAUACGAGUUUACAGAGCCAACUCUGGAGCACUGCUGGGAGUGGAAUCACAACCCGGAUAACUCAAAGUGGAGGUUUGAAGACGGCCAGCUGGUCCUGCAAACUGGGACUGUGACGGAGAGCCUCCAUCUUGCUACAAACACGCUCACUUUGCGCACGGUCGGACCUGGGAGCAUAGCAACCUUCUGCAUCGAUACCUCGAGGAUGCUUGAUGGCGAUAGAGCGGGCGCAUCCAUGUUCCGCGACGAGAGUGCCUACAUUGGGAUCCACAAGGAUGGACAAAAGGCAACGCUCGUAUACGUCGACGACGUAAAGGUCGGCCCGAUAAAUCCUGAUGUGCCAGUAGGCUGGCUAAACGGACGCCCCGCGGCUCUGGACUGGAAAUGCAUUUCAAACGGUGAGGUCAGAGCCGAGACACCGUUGGCGCAUGACCGCGCGUGGUUGCGGAUCAAGGUCGAUAUGAGGUCCGCUUGCUUCGGGGAAGAAAAGGUUGCAACGAGGAAUGCUACAUUUGCAUACAGCUACGACGGGGAGAAUUUUGAGCAACUGGGCCCGUCGUAUGCCUUGACCAAGUCCAUGGCGGGCUACAUUGGUUAUCGCUUUGGGCUUUUCAACUUUGCGACGAAAGCGCUGGGUGGAGAGGUCUGUGUCAGUCAUUGCGAUUUGGAGAUUUGGGAGCCCAGAGAUUGA